UAUUUUCUUGAUGUGAUUAUCGACUGCAUGACGUUUAUGUCUGUGGUCACCGGAUCACACACAUCCCCGCUUCCGACAUGGCCACAAAGAUUUUUCUUUUUCAGGGAAAAGGAAAACAGAAGAAGUGGCCUUUGGAAGGGGCAGGAAAUAGUGAUGAUGUGGUGUGGGAGCCUGAGUCUGGCACAAGGACCGGCGUUCAAUAUGCGUCUCGGACACUGUCGGAGACUCUGUUCCAGAGCCGAAGCUCCUCAGAACCUCGGAGAUGGAGACAGCUACUUUGCGAAGAAGAAUACGAAGAAGGUCGUCGUGGUGGGUUCCGGCUGGGCCGGCCUUGGUGCCGCUCAUCACCUCUGCAACCAGGGUUUUGAUGUGACAGUUCUUGACGAUGGCCGCGGUGGAUUAAACACACCUGACGAUGUCGGAAUCCAAGGGUUCUGGUAUCCAUAUCGAAAUAUAUUUUCGUUGGUUGAUGAGCUUGGGGUGAAGCCAUUCACUAGCUGGACAACAUCCGCUCAGUAUUCUGUAGAAGGUCUAGAGGUUGAGUUCCCGGUUUUCCGAGAGCUUCCUCAGCUACCCACUCCAUUAGGAACAUUAUACUAUACUCAAUUUGCAAGGCUUCCCUUGAUGGACAAGAUAUCUUCACUUCCUCUAAUGGCUGCAGCUAUCGACUUUGAUAACACUGACGCAGCUUGGAGAAAGUAUGAUCCAGUUACAGCAAGGGAGCUGUUAAAGCAGUUGGGCUGCUCUAAACGACUUUACCGGGAUAUCUUCCGGCCAUUGCUUCAGGUUGGUCUCUUUGCCCCUCCUGAGCAAUGCAGUGCCGCAGCAAUGCUUGCUCUCUUGUAUUAUGUGACCCUCUCUCAUCAGAAAGAUUUCAACAUGGUGUGGUGCCGAGGGACAGUCCAGGAGAAGAUCUUUGAACCGUGGAUGGAAUCUUUGAAAGACAGAGGCUGUAGAUUUCUGAGAAAUAAGUCUGUGACCGAUUUCACCAUCAACGAAGAAUCGGGGAGUGUGACAGAGGUAGUUUGUGGUCGAGAUACCUAUGCGGCUGAUGCUGUCAUCUUAGCGGUAACAAUCUCCGCACUCCAAGAAACCGUCAAGAAAAGUGCAGCGCUGUGUAAGCGGGAGGAGUUCCUUAAGGUCUUGAAUCUGACUGCCAUAGAUGUCGUCUCAGUCAAGCUUAAGCUUGAUAGGAAGGUCGCUAUUCCUCAUGCUUCAAAUGCUUGUUCUGCGCCUGAUGAGUCCUAUGGAUGGACUUUCUUUGACCUCAGUGCCAUAUACGACGAGCAUAGGGAGGAUGAAGUGACUGUAGUUCGCGCUGAUUUUUACCAUGGGAACGAGCUUAUGGGUACCACGGAUGAGGUUGCAGUCACAAAAACCAUGUCCUAUCUCUCAAAGUGCGUGAAAGGUUUCGAGAAUGCAGUUGUAGUAGAUGCAGAUGUUCAGAGAUUUCCCCACUCUCUUUCCCAUUUCUUUCCAGGUUCGUACAAGUACAUGAUGCGAGGUUCCACAUCUUUCCCCAACAUGUUCAUGGCAGGAGAUUGGGUCAUAACCCGACAUGGCUCUUGGUCACAGGAGAAGUCGUACGUUACAGGCUUAGAAGCUACAAACCGUGUCGUGGAUUUUCUUGGAGAAGGAAGCUUCGCCAAGGUAAUACCCAUAGAAGGAGACGAGCCCCACGUUGAAGCUCUCAGAACUCUCAAUAGAAGGUUUCACGAGCUUGCCUCACAGCUUCCCUUGUCCAGCUACUUCCUGCAGUGACGUCUGCACGCCCCGGCGUUUUCCUACAAAAUAAACGACAUGUAUUGCGUACGCCUGCAAUCCUUUUUUAUUUUUUGUAUUUGUCCCUGGCUACACAACAAAACCAAAUCGUCCAGCUAAUUCUUUUACUGCAA